AUGGUUCAAGAAGAUCUUGAGAUGCACGAAAAGCAACGCAACCUCAACUCGGUGUUUGAGCUUCUGUCUGAAGAUGCUACUUGCAACGCAUCCUACGAAACGACAGUGCAAUUCAAACUCCUCAAAUUUGAAAGGAAACCAAAGCCACCUAUUGCCUACGAAAUCGCGAAGCUACCGGCAAGUAAACUACUGGUAAAACCUGAUGAAAUUACCAGAAUUUUCCCGAUGGAUCUGAUAAAGAAGUGUGCUACCAAGGUUGUGGCGUUUCAGAAAAAACACAAGGGCGUCCGCGAACUAGAUAUUGCGCUCGAAGUGGUUGGUGUUGGGGUGUUUGCCAAUUCUACGAUAAAGCUCAUGAAAAAAUGGCAUAUUGCAAAUGCGGCGUUUAGAAGAAUCAAUAGUGCGCUCGCAUGGAUUGAUAACGUGGAUCUAUCGCGUUGCGACAACAGCAAUUUUUCUGUCGAGCGCGACCUGGACUUGCCAUCCAAGCUGAAGGAGAUUAAGGUUUUGACGUCACAGGUGGAUGUACUGGACAUUGCAGGCAAGGGACUAAUAACGGACGAGAUAAUGCACAAGAUACUGGCCAAGAUAUUUGGCUCUAAGGACGGAAUUACUGUCUUCGAUUCGUCAACACUUGGCACUGUAGUUGACGGAAAGAGACGCACUGAGCGGGCUUACACGUGA